AUGGCAGAGGUAUUAGGCGUUGUUGCUAGCGGCCUCUCGGUCGCGGCGUUUGCGGGACAGUUGGCACAAGGCUCCACAUAUCUGUACCACUUCCUCCGAGACAUCAAGGACGCUCCCGACGACAUCCAAUUGCUACUUCAAGAACUUCAACUCCUUACUCCGAUCCUCGCCACGGUCCAGGGAUUUUCAGAAACCCGAGACAACAACCUACAAGAGGCUCUUGAGCUCUGUGAGCAUGCUGUUAAAGCAUUGUUGGCUGUAUUGAAGGCAGGUGAGGUAGCACCGGACUUCACGAAAUGGAACAGAUUGAAGAAGCAGUUGGGCGCAGCUUUUGGAAUCCAGCAACGGACUAAACAUCUUCAGGCUCUUGAAAGAGCCAAGUCCAUGCUUUUACAAUGCUGCGUAAAUGCCAUGAUAACUGUUCAGUCGACACAAGCAACAGUAGCGCAAGAAACAGCACGCUCUUUGUCAAAUUUGUCGCGCGCACAUGCGAUUCAUGCAGCUGCUUUCCAUGACGCCCAGCAGGCUGAUAUCGAUGCUCGGGCAAUGGUCUUUGAAACCGGAAGAGUUCUCAGAGGAGUUGACGCUAGCACUUCGGCGCUAUGCCAAUCUACUAUGGAGAUAUCAACCGUGACAUCAGAAACUCGCACGAUGCGCUACAUGAAGGAGAUACAUGGUGGACAUAUGAAAAGAACGGUAAAGACACCUACAGACACCUAUAAGACAAGGGACUGUGGAAACACCAAUCCUGCGACCAACCUUGUUCAUGGGAGCCAAUUUCUUAGUCCUGCUAAGCAGUUCCCAGACCAUCCCGCAGAUCACUGGACCAAGAAAUCCUGCAUUACCACAACAAAAGUCAUAAUGUCAAAUCGCUUCCUGGGCACUCUGACCAUUCGAACUACGGUUAUCGUAUAUCAUCGGCCAGGGAAUCAAGACUGCCUAGCAGAUGAGAAACAAGAGUACCGAACCACGACCAAAUUCCUGCCUGCGGUUUGGAUCUCAUCAAAGGGUGCCAUUCUGAACUACAAGGCCAUUAAUCGUUUUGGUGUCGGUGCGCGUUGGAGCCCUCUCCUUCCAAAUCUGACCACAGUCAAUAUCGUCCCGUUCGAUUCUGCAAUCUUUCAAGCAUGUCGGUCAUUCGAUAUGGCGGCUAUCCGGACGUUGUUUGAUGACGGUCAAGCUUCUCCUUUUGACGUUGAUCAGCACGGUAAUAAUCUUCUCGCACAUGUCGCAACGGGACUGAUGCGGCCAAGUCUGUGGGCAGUGGUCCCACCGAUAAAGAUGGCGGGAUUGGAAUUCAGCGGAACUCCGCCUUUCAUCUCUAUAUUCACAGACGUGGAUGCCGCAAAAGAGCUCGAGGAUUUGCUCACGGUGGUCAGUCUAUUACUAAGCUACGGCAUUGAUGUUGGGGAUCAGAAUGACGACGGAAUGGGUGCUCUCCUCGUUUUUUGCUACAGUCUCCGAUUAGGGAGUAUUGAGACUAGAAGACAGCUUGACGACAAAUGUCGCUUCCUCCUUAACAAGUUACUGGUCGAGGCGAAGACAGAUCCUUUACAUGGGUGGCCACCUUCGGCACGCUUUUUGGACCAUUUAUCGAACGGACAUAUCAAGGGGAAGUUUGAUCCUAUGGUAGUUGACUUAUUGAUGCAUCAAAUUGAAUGGCCCAUUUCUUGUACACCGUACCAUUUCUUGGAGUUGUGUUGGAGUAAUCUAAUAGUCGCCAUCCAUCAGAACACCAGUGAAUUCCUUGACUUUUGGGUCGCGAGCACCUUCGCUCAAGUUGACGCCUAUUUUGAGGCAAUGUUAAGUCGACUCAAUUACUUCAUCCUCAAUGACAUCUAUCCCACAAAAUCAUAUCCUAAACUUGGUAUGAGCGCUAUUUUUCUGCUGAUUGAUGGCGGAGGGCUACUCAUAUCUCUCAUGACUGAAUGUGAAAGCGACGGACGGCUCCCAUGGCUCCGUCAUCGAUUCCGGAAACUGAUAGCCCUCCGCACGUACAUGGUGGCAGUGAUCAGGUCUGUUCUAGAGCAUUGGUCGUCUUAUCUCAAGGUCGAACACUUCUUGUAUUCUGUCUCUGCGCUAGCACAAUCGCGCAACCAGCGGACGCUUCAUAUCUGGAAGACAGCACUGAGCGAUGCCUUGAGAACAAUCCGCUUGCCUCAGCUUGGCAGCAAUGACGACAAUGUGAGUGCUCACGCUGAGCCUCAUGAUUCGUUUGAUGCACCUAGAGAAGCAGUGGCUACUUCGGACGAAGACUGGGAGACAGAAGAUUCCGACGGACCCUAUUCCGGAUGGGAAACCGAGGAGGAGUGGGAGGAGGGGUACAUGUUGGACAUCGCAGCUGACAGAUAUCACCACGAUGGUGAGUACAGCCAACAGAGAUGUUCAACGAAUUCCAACAUUUCAGGGGUUCCUCGAGGCUACGAUGAAGAUUAUUGGCUACGGGUCUAUAAUCGUCUCCUAGUUGAGGCGGAUGCAUACUUGUGGGAUGCGGAUUCCUCUGCAGAAGAUAUAGCGUGA